UUAUUAAGAAAUGUCUAGCAGUUGUCAUCAUCAGGUUUCAAACGACAGGUGAUUUGACAUCGGCAAAGAGAACAAAAAGAGAGGGAAAGAAAAGAAAGGCCAAACGGAAAGGAAACAAAGGAGUCGCGUUGUGUGGAAGUGCUGCAGUGCAGUUGUAGUUGAAGAAGAAGAAGAUGGACAUUCUGAAAGCUGCGGUUCCAAACAGUCUAAGAAAAGUUAUCGGAAACAGCACCUUAGAUACUCUUCCCGACACAUGUUCUUCUCUUCACAAUUUCUUUCUUAAAUUCCAACCAUUUUGCGAGAUUGUGACUCAACUUUCGGACUCAAGCUAUGGUCUAUGUGGCAAGAACAAGGACGACGCGUUGAAAUACAAACACCUUGGUAAUCAAUGCUUCGUCGAAGCUGAUUAUGUCAAGGCUUUGGAUUAUUAUACUCAGGCACUGCGCAAGGCUCCUAAUGACGGUGCCAUAGAAAAUAAUCUGUUCGCAACAUUGUAUGCCAAUCGAGCUACUGUAUUGUAUAAAAUGAGUCUUUUCAUAGAAUGUUUGCGAGACUGCAAUCGAGCUCUUCAGAUAUGUCCAAGCUAUGCAAAGGCAUGGUAUAGGAGAGGAAAGGCAAAUGUUUCAUUGGGAAAUUAUAAAGAUGCGAUCUGUGACUUAAAUGUAGCUAAGAUUGUUGAAACAGCAACAGGUGGGAAGAGACAAAUAGAAAGUGAGCUGAAAAUUAUUUUAGACCAAUCCAAGAGCACAAAUACAGUAGAAGAGCCGCAACAUAAGGAGAACAACUUGAAUACAGUGGGUGAGGUGCCCCACAUAAAGCUACAAAGUAUCUCCAUGCCUGAUAAAGGAAGAGGCAUGGUGUCGUCGUGUGAUGUUUCACCAGGUUCUUUGGUUCAUGCCGAAGAACCUUAUGCUACAAUAAUAUUAAAGCAAUGCCGGGAAACUCAUUGCCAUUAUUGCUUGAAUGACCUACCUGCUGAUAGAGUUCCUUGUAUAUCAUGUUCGAUACCAUGGUAUUGCUCCCGCCAAUGCCAGAUAAGGGCAAGUGGGGAAAUGUACUUGAUUUCCGCAGAAGCUAGUUACAUUCUUAAAAACUUACCCGGUGUUCUUGGAGAAUAUGCUGCUGAAGUUGUUGAAUGCAGUUAUCGUGAAUUAAAGGUUGAUGAUGUUACUGAACAUCAACAUGAAUGUAAUGGGGUACAUUGGCCUGCUGUACUGCCGCCUGAGAUAGUUUUGGCUGGCAGAAUUCUAGCAAAGUUUUUUUCAAAGAGCUCAUCUGAUGGUAUCACAAGUUUUGUGGAAAAUCUGGAGCUUUCUCAUUGUUACGAACAUAUGCCAUUUGAAAGUAAAUUGGAUUCACAUAUAUAUGCCAUUGUACUGUUAUACUGUCUUAAAUUCUCCAAUGAGUUUAAAUUCUCCUAUGAGCGUAUGUCUUCCAUCAACGGAAUCUCCAUAUCACAGGUUGUCAUAGUUAUUUCUCAGAUUAAAGUGAAUUGUAUGACUGUUGUUCGUUUAAAAUCAGUAGACACACUUGGACUAUCAGAUCAGUCUGGAGGAUUUCCAAUUUAUUCCAGUGCACAUUUAACCAAUAAAGUGGAACAGGUCAGAGUGGGUAAAGCUAUUUAUAAAGCUGGCAGUUUAUUCAACCAUUCUUGCAAACCAAAUGUUCAUGCAUAUUUUCUUUCACGCACACUCUAUUUACGAACAACAAAUGUUAUAGCAGCUGGGUGUCAGCUGGAAUUGUCUUAUGGUCCACAGGUUGGGUUGUGGGAUUGUAAAGAUCGCCGGAAUUUUCUCAAAGAUGAAUAUGCAUUUCAUUGUCAAUGUACUGGUUGUUCAGAAGUCAAUCUAUCCGAUAUUGUCCUCAAUGCUUUUCAUUGCGUCGAUCCAAAUUGUUCUGGUGCAGUGUUGGAAAGCAGAGUACUUGAGUGUGAAAAGCAGAAGAUUGAACACUUCCUUAUUUCUGACAAAGUUAACAAGAAUGAUGAUAUCUAUGAAGUAUGUCUUCACGUGUUUAACCAAAAUGACGCCACUAUUCAUAUUCAACCUGGACUCUGUUUGAAAUGUGGUUCUUACUGUGAUCUGGAGUCUUCACGUGCCACAGUUGAUAAAGCCUUAAUAUGCAUAAAAAGGCUGCAGGAUGCAAUACUUUCAAAAGAAAUUUCAAAUACGUGUACGUCAGAUGCUUUGAGAUCUCUUCAUUUGCUGAAAUCAAAUUUGCAUGCGUACAAUAAGCUUAUUGCAGAGGCAGAAGACAACCUUGCCCAAGCUUUCUGUAUAGUGGGAAAAUUACAAUUAUCUGUGGAUCAUUGUAAAGCAUCUAUUCAGAUUCUGGAGAAGCUAUAUGAUCCUGAUGAUAUUGUUAUUGCUUAUGAACUUGUGAAGCUUUCAUCUGUCCAACUUUCCUUGGACGACGAUAGUGCUGUAGACAGCAUUAGUCGAAUAGGUGGUAUCUUCUCACGUUAUUAUGGACUUCAUGCAGACUUGGUCUUUCCCUNNNUUCAGUACCUUAGGAGAGAAAUUUAGAAUUUUCAGUGUAGCCUCUCCAACCAAAUGCCUUUCCAGCAGUGAGCUAUAGAAUGACAGAAAAAAAUCGGCAACCACAGCUUAAAUGACAGGUCAUUUGUUAUAAAAGAUCUAAAAUAGUCAACAACCUCAAGAAAGAUUACUCAAAGCUCAUUCAAGUAGCUCAGCAGUCAGUGUUUCUUGCUCAUAGAUAAGAUACAGUCUUUGAAUUGCUAUAUUCAGGUUUGUUCUGGUAUUGCUUUCACAAAGAUGUGUAUUUGUUGAUGAUAUAGUUAAUUUAAAUUGAAAGGGGAGGAGAUAUAUUUGAAAGAUUGUCUCAAAAACUGUGGCUGGAAUUUGAGGCUUGCUGUAGUAAGAAGGGGGUACUGAUAUUUACUUUUCUUGUCACACCUUUGGUUCAAGGAAAAUUGUUAAUGAGUAUGACACUAUUACUACAAUUGAACCGUGGCAUUUUUUUCUUUCA